AAAUCUCUAUAUUAUUACAUUUUUUCGAGUAUUACUGAUAUUCAAGUUUAUGCCUUGACUGAACUCUAAAUUUAAUGUGUUUUCACUUUUUGCUACCAAGCUUUGUCUUUUUUUUCACUUCCUAUCUUUCUCUCUUUUGACUUUCCCUUAGCACACUGAAUUUAACUUAACCACACUAGUUAAUAUAAAAACCAACCUGUUGUGUAGAGCCCAUGAAGCGAAAAAAAAUAAAAUCAACCAGUCAGCUUUCCGUCGAAUUGUUCACCUACCCGUCAACACCGGCACAUUCCAUGAACAUCUCACAAAGCCAAUUUAUUGUUGAUUUCCUGUCCAUGCCAUCGCCCAUAUUACUAUUAGUCUCCACUGAAUUUUCUGGUUUAACUUGUUACUUUUCAUGGUUGAUGGUCUCUGCCUCUCUGUUUUAAUUUGCAAGUUUCAAUUACAUUUUUUAUUUUCCUGCCUCCAUACUCUCUCUGUUUUUCAGAAUACAGAGGCGGAUCCCAGGAUUAGGAAAUUCAAAUUUAGAAUGGGAAGCGGUGGUUGUAUAGUUCUCUACCCUUUUCCACUCAGAGGCCAUGUCGGCCCGAUGCUGGAGUUGGCCAAGCAGUUCGUCCUCCGCCACCACUUCUCCGUCACCGUCCUCAUCACAACCGGACCUUUUGACACACCUGCCACCACCUCUUACAUCCACCAUAUCUCCCAAGCCAAUCCCUCCAUCACCUUCCUCCGAUUACCCCCACUCUCCGACCCUUUCUCCCUUGUUGAGCCUUCUCCCAACCGCAGCAGUCUGGUAGUCUUAUUGGAAUUCAUCCGCCUCAACAACCCCAACGUCCUUCACGCACUAAAGACCAUCUCACAGAUCACACCUGUCCAAGCCUUCGUCGUCGACAUGUUCACUACUUCUGCCGUCGACGUCUUCUCCGACCUCAGUAUUCCCACUUAUAUAUAUUUCACAUGUGGUGCUGCCGCUCUGUCUGCCUUUCUCCACUUACCCAUCAUCGAUAAGCAGACCACCCAAAACUUGAAGGACCUCACCACCACCCAUCUCCAUAUACCAGGCUUGCCACCCAUCCGAGCAUCACACAUGCCUGAACCAAUUCUCGAUCGAGAUGACCAAGCAUACCAUGAGUGCUUAAAAAUAUCUUCUCAGAUGACUAAAUCAAGAGCUAUUAUGGUUAACACAUUUGAGUCCCUCGAGUCAGUAUCGCUUAAAGCCAUGGAAGAUGGGCUCUGUGUACCAGAUGGUCCAACACCACCUGUUUACAGUGUCGGGCCAUUGAUCUCAGAACCCCAAGACGGAACUGAGGAGGCCGGAAAUGGUGGUGGUGGUGGUGUACCCAAGUGCUUGUUGUGGCUAGAUGAACAACCACCACGAAGUGUCGUCUUCUUGUGUUUUGGUAGUAUGGGUGCGUUCUCCGGAGAGCAGCUGAAGGAGAUAGCUAUCGGGUUAGAGAGGAGCAGGCAGAGGUUCUUGUGGGUGGUGCGGAGUCCGCCACCCAGUGAGAAGGACAAAGUAGUGUCGAAAGGAUCAGCAGCAGUGGAUCCAGAUCUGGAUGCUCUGUUGCCUGAAGGGUUCCUGGAGCGAACCAAGGAGAGAGGGUUGGUUGUGAAGUCAUGGGCACCACAAGUGGCCGUGUUGAAUCGGGAAUCAGUGGGUGGGUUCGUGAGCCACUGCGGAUGGAACUCGGUGCUGGAAGCGGUUGUUGCCGGGGUGCCCAUAUUGGCGUGGCCUCUGUAUGCGGAGCAGCAUAUGAACAGAACAGUAUUGGUGGAUGCUUACAAGUUGGCUAUGCCCAUCGAUCAAUCUGACGAUGGGUUCGUGAGUGCCGAUGAAGUUGAGAAACGUGUUAAAUCGUUGAUGGAUUCAGAAGAUGGAAGAGCUCUGAGAGAACGAAGUCAGGAGAUGAGACAGCAGGCCCUGACCGCGUUAGCCGAAGGUGGCUCGUCCUCCAUUGCCUUCACCAAGAUAGCUGAUGAGCUGUGUGGAAACAACAUUUGACAACAAAUUAACUCCAAGGCGUCAGAUCUUUGCUGCCUCGGUCGUUCACUCACUAGUCACUCCCGUCCAGUCCGUAUCUGCUCCAAAGCCCUCCUUUCCUCCUCUCCCAUGGCGCACAGCCAACGACGAAAGCCAAACCCCUCCAUGGAAGACCUCUUUGGACAUCAUUUAUUAGAAUUUAUGUCCAAGAUUUUCUGGUGAUUAGCUUCUUCGUUUUCUUGAUAAGGGAUGCCUUGUAUUUUGUUCGUUUUCUGGUUGAACCUUCCCCGCAGUUUAUUUUAACAAUUAAAGUUGGAUUAUUACCAAAUUACAACUUAAAAGUGUAGUUGCCAAUUCUUAUUGACUGAGAAUCGAUAGUCCCGAUUAGGGUCUGGUUUGAAACUGGUUUUGCUACUUUAUCCGUCGAGAUCUAUCCAUUGACCGUACCAUAUCUAGUGUUGGUGUUG